CGAGAGGAGCAAGGGUGCGGUUUCGAUCCCCUCCCCUCCCUCGUUCGAUAUCGGAUCCAGCCCAUCCGCCAUGGCGGCGCCGCCGUCCCCCUUUCCUCCCGGAGAGAUCGCCGUCCACAGAUUCAACGCCACCGACGCAUCACCAUCGCCCUCAAGGCACCGAGAUCCGCUUCACAAGCUUUAGAUGGUGUUCAAGCUUCUCUAUUGUGCAUGUUCCGUUUUCAGGACCGAGUUGCUCAGUAUGGUGAAGAAACACUCACAUUUGAUUGGCUGGACGAUUGUUGAUGCUGAAGAUGACGCCUCAGAUGCAGGAAUGGAUGAUAAAUUCUGGCAUGAAAUGCUAGAUCUUUUCUUCGUGCGUGGUGGGGUAUCAAACCGAAGGGAAGAGGACGACCUUGUCUUCUUUGUUAGUAAUAUGAAAUUUCAUGGUUAUGGCUCCAAUGAUGACAUGGAAGAUCCACCUCCCUUUUUUGUGCGGAGAUGGGCUCCCACGCAGCUUGAAAACGUCAUCAAUGUUAAUACAGUGGAGGUUGAUUGGGAACGUUCCUUCUAUUUGAAUUUAAUCGCUCAUACUUCAUACACUGUUACAGUAGCAAUAUGUGGCAUUGGAGAUCUUCACAAUCGCGCAGAGAGAAGGAAGCAGUUGUCGCCAGUUUAUAAGGUUACAAAAACUGUAUAUGCAUCCCCUAGCCGUGUAAAUUUUCAUCUUGACCGAAGGAAGGCUGUAGAAACGGUACCUGCAUACCCCAACAUUUGUUUCUCAGUGGACGACUUUGAUGAUACUUUUGAUGCUGUGGUUUUGUCUGAUCCUGAACACUGCUAUUGUGUGAUUCUCAAUGCACAUGAUGGGGCAGCAUUUCCCGAAGAUAAUGAGUCCAAGAAUACUGGUUCACAUAUACAGUCUGGAGCCAACUCUGGGAGUAACCAAGAAAAACCGCCAAAGAGAACUCUAUUCUCAGGUUAUGUGAGCUACCAAAACGUCCAUGAGGCUUAUGAUGCUGGCAGAUCAAAAUUUGGGAGCUUCCUCUCACUUGGGCAUGACCACACUAAACUGGACAGACUUUAUAUGAGGGGCCCUGAAGGACGCGGAGAAGUGGAAGUAGCUGUUUCCGGCGUUGCAGAUCAGAGCCGUGAGAAGUCAAAGAAAGAUCCAGGAGAUAGCUUUCAGGUCCUUGUUCACAGAGCAGCUUCUGCUGCAUCAAAGCUAGCAAAGCAUGCUUACGAGUUAGCAUCUGCUAACAAAAGAAUGGAUGAUGAACUUGUGCCUCUGAAGUGCUGCUUGAUGUCUGUAUCUCUUCCUUGGGACUGCAUUGCCCAUGACCUUCUGCACAAGGACACACCUCCAUUGAAUCUAUGAGACUGCAAUUACAGACCUUCACUGCUAGGCAAAGGAGGACCUAUGUUCUGAAAUCUGAACUUGAUGAUAUGUAAAAUAAGAAUCGAAGCUUAAGUGAGAUGUAUAUGUGUACUUGUAGACCAAAGUUGUAGGUGUAGGGUUUGUUAUCCUCUUUGUGCGCAGACAAUCACAGAAUGCAAAUAUCCAGUGCUGUUGUUUUGAUUUUUUGUCGUCAAUUCUUUGUUUGACUAAACUUUUUACUGUCUUCCUGGGAUUGAAUGGAUAUGUUUAAGCCUA